AUGAACAGCCUUAAGAAACCCCAGAAGAAAAAAGUCCUCCUGAUGGGCAAGUCUGGCUCUGGCAAGUCCUCUAUGCGCAGUAUCAUCUUCAGCAAUUAUGUCGCCAAAGAUGUUCGCCGCCUGGGUGCAACGAUAGAUGUUGAGCACAGUACAGUCAAGUUCCUUGGGAGUCUUAUACUCAACCUCUGGGACUGUGGAGGACAAGACGCCUUCACGGAGACCUACCUAACAUCGCAGAAAUCUCAAACCUUCAGCGACGUGGGCGUCCUCAUCUACGUCUUUGACGUCGAGUCUCGCUCUUUCGAAGGCCACAACCCUCGCGAUCUCCUCACCUACACCGCCGUCAUCUCCGCACUAGCCGAAUACUCCCCCUCCGCGCACGUCUUCGCCCUAGUGCAUAAAAUCGACCUCGUGCAAAACAUAUUCCGAGAUCAAGUGAUCCAGGACCGUACCUUCGCCAUCCAAGAAUACAGCGGCGUUUUUAGGAAAGGCUUGAAGGUGUAUGGCACGACCAUAUGGGAUCAGAGCUUGUACAAGGCGUGGGGGGAUAUUGUGAAAUCUUUGGUUCCCAAUUUGCACAUCAUAGACGGGUAUCUGCACGAUCUAGCCAAGGAAACAAGCGCAGAGGAGAUUAUACUGUUCGAACGAGCAACGUUUCUGACAGUCACGAACGUGACAAGUGAGUUAGGCGAGCGUAACCCGUACAGUGAUCGCCAGGAACGGUUGAGCAAUGUCAUCAAGACGUUUAAGCAUUCGCUUUCGAAGUACACCCACUCGUCAACGGCAUCCCAUCCAUUCGCUGAGAUCGCCAUCAAGGCACCGCGGUUCAACUUGAUCCUGGCGCGAUUGACGAAUAACACCUAUGUGCUUGUCAUUCUGCCGCCUGGGGAUUUAGAAAUCGAGUUGUCGCGGUUCAACAUCAUGGCUGCUAAGGAUCGCGGAUCAAAGUUGAAGGAGCACAUGCCAGGUUGCGAGAUCUCCAUUCUCUCUGCUGGCGAGACUUGCGGCAAAUGUCCCUUGUAUCUCAUCCAGACUUUCGUCUUCGACACACCAACGACGACUCCCGGUCUUCCAAGAUUCUUCUUCUCCAGACACCCAUAUCUCUAUCGCACCACCAGCCAUACAGCAAGGCUGCCUCACGGCGCCACCAAUUACCCCAUGGAAUCAGUAGUCGAAACCUACGCCAUCCUUCUCAAACGCUUGGCUCAUGUCGUCUAUGACCUCUUCACCACUCUGGGAUGCAUCAUGCUGUACAUUACCGUCCUGGCUGCCUUUUCGAACGUCUAUCUGUCAGCCACAUUCUACAUCACUGUGACAUCGCUCAUCAGCAUGACUCCACAGCACGAAGCGAACUCAGACAAUCUGCGUGCAGCGGCGGAAGUGCAAAGUGGCCUCCCUGAUGAAGCUAAUGCUGUUACUGUGGAUCAAUCUCUGGCCGGUAUUUCAAACGGAUUUUCAGCGAGUACUACCGCCAGCAAAGUUGACAGCCAUGUUCACGUCAUCCCAACCGAGUUUCUGUCGGCAAUUCCUCCAUAA